CUUUUGACUCAGCUUAGUAUCCGUAGUCGGCUGAGAGCCGGCGGGGUGGAUUGUGGGAGAAGAUGGCGGCGGCCGUUCACCCCCGGGUUGUCCGGGCCGUGCCAAUGUCACGUUCUUGUCUUGCUGCAGUAGCCACAUCAGUGUCUUAUGGCCCGCCCCAGCGCCAGCUUCAUCACGCGCUCAUCCCUCACGGGAAAGGUGGGCGUUCCUCAGUCAGUGGGAUUGUGGCCACUGUGUUUGGAGCAACAGGAUUCCUGGGCCGCUAUGUUGUCAACCACCUUGGUCGCAUGGGGUCACAGGUGAUUGUACCCUACCGGUGUGAGCCGUAUGAUACCAUGCAUCUCCGGCCCAUGGGUGACCUGGGCCAGAUUAUCUUUAUGGAAUGGAACGGGAAAGACAAGGACUCUAUCCGGAAGGUGGUGGAACACAGCAAUGUGGUCAUCAACCUUGUUGGGCGAGAAUGGGAGACCAAAAAUUUUGAUUUUGAGGAUGUUUUCGUAAAGAUUCCCCACGCAAUUGCUCAAGUGUCCAAGGAAGCCGGAGUUGAAAAACUUAUUCACAUUUCUCACCUGAAUGCUGAUAUUAAAAGCCCCUCUAGGUAUCUGAGAAGUAAGGCCGUUGGGGAGAAAGAAGUGAGAGCUGCCUUUCCAGAAGCCACUAUCAUAAAGCCAUCGGACAUCUUUGGAAGAGAGGACAGAUUCCUCAAUUAUUUUGCAAAUAUGCGCUGGUUUGGUGGUGUCCCUCUUAUUUCCUUGGGCAAGAAGACAGUGAAACAACCAGUAUAUGUUGUGGAUGUAUCCAAAGGAAUUAUUAAUGCAAUUAAGGAUCCAGAUGCCAAAGGGAAAACGUUUGCCUUUGUUGGGCCCAAUCGGUACCUUCUCUUUGACCUGGUGCAGUAUAUCUUUGCCGUGGCCUACAGACCCUUCCUCCCUUACCCUUUGCCACAUUUUGCCUAUCGAUGGGUAGGUCGACUCUUUGAAGUGAGUCCGUUCGAGCCCUGGACCACGAGGGAUAAGGUGGAACGGGUUCACAUGUCAGACAUGACACUGCCUCACCUGCCCGGCUUGGAAGACCUUGGCAUUCAGGCCACACCCCUGGAGCUCAAGGCCAUCGAGGUGCUGCGGCGUCACCGCACAUACCGCUGGCUGACUUCAGAGAUGGAAGAUGUGAAACCAGCCAAGACAGUUAAUAUUUAGAGGCCCCUGAGCUGCCUGUGGUUUUGGUGUCCUUUGGGUCACCUGGCUAGUGACCAAGUCACCUAUGUUAGAGCAUUCUGUACAUAUUGAGAAGAGCCCUCUAUUAAAACAUCGGAGCUGAAA